AUGAUUCAAUUACCUGAUAUACCAAUAAUACCUAUCUCAAUCACAUCAACUCCAAACAAUUUAGAACCAUGGAUUCAAGAAAUUUUAAAUAAAAGAUUAACCAUAUUUACAAAUUUUAAUAAUUAUUCAAAUUUUAUAAAUAAUCUUGAAGAUUAUUUAAAUUUUAUCUUUGUUAAAGUAAUGGAAUAUGGUAAUAUUGAUAAUUAUAAUGAUGUUUUUGAACAAACUAAUGGGAUAAUUAUAAGUGAUUCAAUACCUUGGAAUUUACCAAUAACUAAAAUCAAGAAACAAGAUCAAUUUCAAUGGAAUUUACAAAAUGAAUUAAUAAUUUUAAUGAUAAAUUUAUCACAAUUAUAUAAUUUAAAAAGCGGAGAAAUUAUAAAAUUAAUAAUGGAUAAAGAUAAUAAUCUUGAAACCCAAAAAUUAUGGUUAAAUUCAUUUAAAAUUUUUAAAAAAUCAUUAGAAUUUAUAAAUUUUUUAAAAAAUCAACAAAUAAUUAAUACAUCCAUAUGGGAAAUUUCAACAAUUUUCAUACAAUUUAAUGAAAAUUUAAUUAAUUGUUCAAUACAAUUAAGUUUCUUGACAAAAACCAUAUGGACUUUAAAAAAUAUUGAUUAUGAAAUAAUGUCAGAAAAUUCAAUAAAUUAUUCAACUUUAUCAAGAUUAUCAAUUUAUAUUAAACAAGAAUUAAAUAAUAUGUUGAGUAUAUUGAAAACUCAAAAUGAUUCAAAAUGGACACAAUAUAUUGAAAAUUUGAUUAAAUAUAUAAAUGGAUAUUUAGGUAUAUUAUUAUCAAUUGAAAAUUAUAAACAAGAUAAAAUUGGUUAUAGUAUUGGAUUUUUAAAUUUUUCAAUUGAAAAUAUUACAAGGAAGUCAAAUUCAAAUGAAUUUGAAGAAGAUUCUAAACUGAAAAAGAAAUUUACAAAUUUUAAAACAAAAUUUAAUUCAAAUGAUUUACAAAAAAUAAACAAUAAACUCAGGUUAAACCAGAAUUUAAUUGAAAAAUUCACCAACAAUUCAAUAAUUUUAAUAGAUUUACAAAAUUUAUUUGAAUUAUUAAAAAUUUUAAAUUUAAAAUAUAAUUUAGAAAAUAAUAAUUUAAAAUUUGAUUCAAUACCAACAUCACAAGAAUUAUUAAUACAUUAUUUACCCCAGGGAAGAUCAAUACCCAUAGAUUCCAAAAUAUGGACACCAAGUUUUAUUCAAACAAUUGAAAAAUCAUCAUCUGGAUAUUACUAG